UUUGAGAUGGCAGUCUGACGUUCGGCAAGACUUUUUAAAACGUAAUUGAACAGCCGACUGAACAAAAGGAGAAGAAAUGGGAUUGAAGUAAAGGGAAUAAAACUCAUCGUUAAACUCAGCUCCUCCUCCUCCUCCUCCUCAUCAUGCCUGUGGUUCAUCCCAUUGCUAAUCAGACGGUAACUCCCCCCUUCCCCACCAACUCCACCCUCAACCCGGCCGCCGUCGCCGUCGUCGGCUUCAUCAACGACAUCCUCAACGACAUCCCCCUGCCUCUCUGGGCGAUAUACCUGAUCGCUGUGGUCGGCACUCUGCUCGUUCUGCUCUGCUGCCUCUGCAUCUGCAUCAAGUGCUGCUGCAAGAAGAAGAAGAAGAAGCAGCAGAAGAAGAACGAGAAGAUCAACAUGAGCGACGUCAACGGAAAAACCACCAGCGCUCUGGUUCAGCCUGAUGUGGCAGAUGUGGAUUACGGAUCGACCAAAAAGCAGAGAGGGAAGCUGCUCUACUCUCUGGACUACAACGCUGCUCAGUCUGAGCUCAAUGUCGGGAUCAAACAGGCGGACAGUCUGAUGGCCAUGGACCUGGGGGGCAGCUCGGACCCGUACGUUAAGGUGUACCUCUGCCCCGAGAAAUCCAAAAUCUUCGAGACCAAAGUGUUCAAGAGCACGCUGAACCCCGUCUUCAACGACCACUUCAGUUUCCAGUUAUCUAAGGCGUCUCUGCUGAAGUCGACGGUGGUGAUGCAGGUUUUUGACUUCAACAGAUUUUCCAAACACAACAUGAUCGGAGAGCUGCGUCUCCAGCUGAGCAGCGUCGACUGGAACCACGUCAUCGAGGAGUGGCAGGAUCUCGGAGAGGCCGCCGAGUUCGAGGAGGAAGAACUUGGGGAGAUCUGCUUCUCUCUGCGUUACGUUCCCUCCGCGGCCAAACUGACCGUCGUGAUCCUGGAGGCCAAAAACCUGAAGAGCAUGGACAUUGGAGGGAGCUCAGACCCAUACGUGAAGGUGCAGCUGGCUCUGGACAAGAGGAAGUGGAAGAAGAGGAAGACGUCGAUGAAGAAGAGAACGCUGAACCCGUAUUACAACGAGUCCUUCACCUUCGAUGUGACUUUUGAACAAAUCCAGAGGGUGAACCUGGUGAUCUCGGUGUGGGAUCACGACGCUAUGACCCGUAACGACACCAUGGGGAAGAUAUCUCUGGGCUGCGACGCGUCGGGGAACCAGCUGAGGCACUGGGCCGACAUGCUGUCCAACCCGCGGCGCCCGGUCGCUCAGUGGCACGGCCUGCUGACGGCCGAGCAGGUCAACUCCACGCUGACCCUGAAGAAGAAGAUCCCACUGCAGAGCAAACUGCCCUUCCUGAGGGACAGAUGAAGACAUGAAGGACACAUGAAGACCUAGAACAUGCAGGAACAGGGGAUUUAAAUAAUGGUGAAAGAAACAUCCUGCAAGUCAUUUUAACCAGAAAAUAGGUCAAAAAUAGUGACUCUAAAAAAUAAUGACUUAGUAUCUCAAAAAUAAUGUUAAUAACCACUAAGUUUCUCAAAGCAAUGGCUAAGUAUGUAGAAUAAAUGAUUUAUAUUGAAAAUAAAUGAUUUCGUAAUGUCAAAAUAAAGACUUAUGAGUCAGAAAUAAUGAUUUAUAAUUGAAAAUAUGUUAAAAUUAUGACUUAAUAUGUCAAAAUAAUGACUUAAUAUGUCAAUAACCACUACGUUUCUCAACUUUCUCAAUGUCAAUAACCACUAAGUUUCGCAUCGCUCUAAACGCUCGAGUUUCACCGCGGCUGCCAGCUGUGUUUACUCGCAUCAUUCAAACAAGACACGCUGGUAAGGGGGCUACAACUACAACAAAAGGAACA